GGGUUGUAUGAACGUUCCAUGCGCGCGCAGGGCCGGGGUGGAGGCGGAAGCGGAAGCGGAAGCGGCGGCUCGGCCUGCGCUGGGGACACAGGGAGACCCAUGGCGGAGCCGGCGCCCCCCACGGCGGAGCUGGCCCUGCGGCGCCGCCUGCCCCCCCGGCUGCCCCGGCGCCCAGGCGACGUCUACGUCAACAUGAAGACGGACUUCAAGGCCCAGCUGAGCCGGUGCCAGAAGCUCCUGGGCCCGGCGGGCGGCUGCGCCGAGAUCUGCAUCCACGGCCUGGGCCUGGCCAUCAACCGGGCCAUCAACAUCGCGCUGCAGCUCCAGGCGGCCGGCGCCGGUGGCCUGCGGCUGGCCGCCAACACCUCCACCGUGGAGCUGGCCGACGGGCUGGAGCCCCAGGGCGACGAGGACGGGCGCCCGCCGCUGGCCCGGGCCCGCAACAACUCCGCCAUCCACAUCCGGGUGUGCCGGGCCUCGCCCCCGCCCUGAGGGAGCCGAGCCGGGGCGCGGAGCCUGGCCCCCCCUCCCGGCACGGAGCCUGCUCCCCGAAAGCCCUGCCCCGGCGCAGAGCCGGGCCCCAGAGCCUGGCCCCCUCCCGGCACGGAGCCUGCUCCCCGAAAGCCCUGCCCCGGCGCAGAGCCAGGCCCCAGAGCCUGGCCCCCUCCCGGCACGGAGCCUGCUCCCCGAAAGCCCUGCCCCCGC